AGUCAGUUGCAAUACCAAUUUGGUGAUGAAUCAUAAAACAUAAGAAUAUGACAAUACCUGCACGUGAAUGUGGUGUAAGUGAUAAUUUAUCGUAUAAGUGGAUGUUAUAACAAUUGUGAAGAGAAAGGAUAAUAUAACAUGCGGAACAAGGAUCGGCACUAAUGGGUUUCAUAUUUCUGUCGCUAUGGUUAUGGCUGCUGCCAGCGACGGUAUUGUUGAGCCCUGUUCCCGAACUGCAGGAAGAACAGGAAGAACAUUGUAGAACGUAUACCCAUGAAGAUUUGCUCCACUUAGAUUGCACUGACCGCGGCCUAUCUGAUUUACCGAGCGGUCUUGAUUAUAAUGCCCAAGUGUUACUCCUCUCCAACAACAAUUUUGCGACGUUUCCAGAACAACUUCAAAACUUUCAUCAAGCUGAGACAUUGGAUUUAUCUGGAAAUCGUUUGACAUCGGCGUUGCCCAACUACAUACUCGGCUUGCAAAGACUGAAUUCACUCAAUUUAUCCAAUAACAAUUACGAUUCGUGGCUCACAAUCGAAAGUACUUUUAACAUACAAAAAUUGGAUCUAUCUAAAAACAAGAUAAAUCGUAUUGACGAAGACGCUUUCGUAAGAAUGUCACGUCUCACAUAUCUCGAUUUAUCGGAAAAUCGUAUAAAUAAUCUGCCACUUGGAAUAUUCGCAAAAACAACGGGCCUGGAAGUGAUCAUUUUAUCCAGAAACUAUUUCUCAGAAGUGCCUAAAUUCCAAUCGCCUUCUUUAAGAAUUUUACAUUUAAGCAAUUGUCAAAUUACAAACUUAGAUACGAACUCCAUGACAGAAAUGCCUACACUACUCGAAAUAAAUUUGUCACUGAACGAAAUUGAAUCUAUACCUGAUAAUUUAGCAUCCAAUUCCUUGCAGGAAUUAGAUUUGAGUUAUAACGAAAUAGCGACAAUAAAUGACCAAUCUUUUUCCUCGUUACCGCAUUUAGCAGUAUUAGAUUUGAGAGGUAAUGAGUUUAAAGAGGUGUGGUCAACUUCGCACUUCGCUUCUAAUCCAUUUUUAAGGGAAGUCCGUGUGAAGGGCAACCGUUGGAGCUGCGAAGGUUUCAGAGUCAAUAUGCUACUUACAUACGAGUUUUUAACAAAAGAACCGCCAAAAGUGCAAGAUAGAGGAUCACUGAUUUGUUAUUCACCACAAAAUGUGUCGCAAUUAAGUUGGCAGCAGGCGUACAUACGUACAUGGCACGCCGAUGAAAAUGGGACGCCCUCAUACACAUUAAUGGCAGUACUAUUUGGUAUGCUUAUAGGAACUUUAAUAACUUCGUGUGUUUGUCGAGGCAUCAUGGCCUUAAACCCACCUCAACCUCGACAAACAACCCCGGAAACAACGGCAUUGAAUGGCAACGCAACACAACGCAGGCCUGAUUCAGUGCAGCUAAGAAUACCACUGCGAGAGGAACUACCUCCAAGUUACGACGAAGCACUGUUGAUGCCUCGUUUGAACGCCUCGUUUCACUCUUUGCCAGAUUUCGUUGAUGAAGAAGAUAGUAAUACUAAUAAUAAUAGAAGAUAUAGAAGGUCGCGAUCGAUUGGUGAUUUGACUGAAACGAGACCAAGAGUCCAUGACAGACGGUCAGUGAGACGAACAGUAGAUAUAGACGUGAUGAUUCUUUUACGGAUUUCGGGACUGCUUCUGCUGAUUUGGUUGGCGCAUGCGCAAAUGUUGGAUUUGGAUGAUCAUACAAAUGAAAUUUGUUAUCUGUGUUCAUGUAAUACAGAUAAGACUAGCGUGGAUUGCUCACAUAGGGGGUUAACUGGUCUUCCUGUUGGUAUAAAUGCUAAGGUUACUAAAUUGAACAUUUCCAACAAUGAAAUCUCUACGUUUCCGGAAAAUAUGUACGAGCUUUACAAUCUUAUAUCGUUGGACAUGAGUGGAAAUCAGUUAAAGGAACUACCACAAAAUGCACUACAAAAUCUUACUGCACUGGAAAUUUUGGAUUUGUCAAGAAACAGUUUUGAAUCAUGGAUAAGUUUAAAUCCCAACGAAGUAUUAAAACCAGCAACUAAUCUUAAAACUGUAAACUUAUCUAAAAAUAAGUUCAAGACGUUAGCGAACUUAGCAAAUCAUGAACUACUAAUAAGUUCUUCGUUAGAGACACUUAUUUUAGAAAACUGUGAAAUAGAUUCUAUUCAUGGACGAUCUCCCUUAAGUGGUUUAACUAGUAUAAGUGUUUUGAAACUUAACAAUAAUCCUUUAUUAAGGAUACAGAACCUUAUAUCACCUUCACUGAAAAGUCUAUAUGUAAGCAAUUGCCAGUUGAGCAUCAUAAAUCAUAAUGAACUGGCUUACUUACCUUCUUUAGUGUUUCUCAAAAUGUCACAUAACUAUCGACUACAGUUAUCUCCUACAGCAGAUUAUUUAUACUCAAGUUCUUUGCGAUAUUUGGAUAUUUCGUACUGUAAUGUUUUCAAACCUAAUCUGUUUGGAUUUCCAAAUCUUAGAAAAGUUAUAGUAAAUCACAAUAUGAUACGAUUUUUAAGAAGCAAUGAGUUUUCAAAUAAUACAAAAUUAGAAUAUUUAGACCUAUCUAAUAAUAAUAUUGGUUCUAUGAAAAGUGAUACUUUUCGUGGUUUAACUAUGUUAAGGUAUUUAGAUUUGUCCUGGAACGAAAUCGCUCAUAUUCCAGAAGACAGCCUCUUGGAAAUGCCAUCAUUGACUCAAAUUAAAUUAGCUAGAAAUUACCUGAACAGAGUUGGUCACUUAAAAUCCAUGUCAUUAUCUAAAAUUGAUAUGAACUCAUGUGAAAUUAAUAUGAUUGGAAAGGAUUCACUUGAAGGACUACCCUCACUUGUGGACCUAGAUUUAUCACGUAAUCUCCUGUCUCAUAUCCCAGAUAGCAUAUCAUCAAACACUUUAAAAUAUUUAAACUUGAAUUACAAUAGAAUAACUUCCGUUAAUAACCUUACGUUUUUCAUGUUACCACGCUUAGCUGGCCUAGGUGUAAUUGGCAACAGAUUCACUAAUAUUUGGAGCAGAACCUAUUUUGACUCUAAUCCUUAUCUAGACAGAUUGGAUCUAGGCGAUAAUAUGUGGAGAUGCGACUGCGCUGAUGGAAAUAUGUUUGAUUUUUAUGAAUUUGUGACUCUGGAGCCAAACAAGAAAGAAGAAUCCUAUAACCUUAUAUGUAACAGUCCUGUAACCGUCAUUGGACAAACAUGGCUAGAAGCUUGUUAUUUUGUGUGGAAUCCUAGUGAAAGAGUGGGAAAUGCAGAUAAUUUGGUGUGGUUUAUUAUUGUCAUGAUUGUUGGACUUUCACUGUGCAUUAUACUUAUUAAUACCAUAAGAAGAUCUAUGAAUCGUCGUUUAGCUGCCAUGCAAGCUGAAAGAGAACGACAAGUCGAAGAAGCUAGAGAUAGAUUGAGGCAAUUGAGGAUUAGGGCAGAGCAGGAAGCUUUGUGUAACACACCAGAUCCCAGAGACUUAAUAGCACCACCGUCGUAUGACGAAGCUCUCUCUAUGCCUAAACUAAACGUAUCUUGUCAAUCACUAAAUGAAACAGGUACAGGAAAAACUAAACGUAGAAGAGGACGGAGGAAAACGAAAUCAAGUGGCGAUUUACUAGAAGAAACCGAAAGAAAUGGUGACAUUCCAGUAUUAGAUGACAUAGAAUUAGCCGAAACUACUUAUGAUAAAAAUAGAAGACGGCGAAGAAGAAAUGGAAGGUAUGGAAGUCAUGAAAUAGCUGAAUUAGAGCAAAGCCCAGGCGCAAGACGAAGGCGAUUGUCAGAACACAAUAAUGUGAUUGAAGUCGAAGCAGAAUUAGAAAGACCACUUCGCCCAAGACUUCGACGAUUUUCCGAUGAAAAUCUGCCAAGAGAGAGUGAUUUUUAA